CCUGAGGACAUAAAGUGCCCGUAGUUGCCACAUCUGUAAUUGACAAGGGCAGUAACAAAUAAUCUGCAGAGGUGGGCGUGGAUCUGCUUUCGUCAGCGGUCCUCUUGGUUUUGGUGCCUGCAAGGAGCUGUCAGCUAACGUUAGCUAGCUAAAAAAAACACGGAACGAUUGACAGACAAGAACAGCGAAAGCACCAACGACAAAAAGCUGGUGCGUCAGAAGGGGGAGGCCCAAUUUAUCGUUUCGUUUUUGUUUAGCUCAUUAUUAAUUUUAUUUGAAAACAAACCCUACCCCCUCCUCACCCCUUUUUUUUUUUUUGUCCCAUAUACAUUAUUUGGUUUGUGAUACCUCCUCUAGCUUUGGGAGCAGUGAGGGGUCUUCAUGGCUGUUCGAAGAGGCCACAUCAGGUACCUAAAAGAGGUGUAUGACAUGUCCAACGGCUACGAGGAUCACAUGGGAGGAGGAGAUGAGGUGACGGAUGCCAAGACCAACCUGAUAGUCAACUACCUUCCCCAGAGCAUGAGCCAGGACGAGCUACGCAGCCUCUUCAGCAGCAUUGGCGAGGUGGAGUCCGCCAAGCUCAUACGGGACAAAGUGGCAGGCCACAGUUUAGGGUACGGAUUUGUUAACUAUCUUACCCCUAGCGAUGCAGAAAGAGCUAUCAAUACUCUGAAUGGACUAAGGCUACAGUCUAAAACUAUCAAGGUUUCAUAUGCGCGGCCGAGCUCUGACACCAUUAAAGACGCCAACCUGUACAUCAGUGGCCUGCCCAAGACCAUGACCCAGAAAGACGUGGAGGACAUGUUCGCUCGCUACGGACGCAUCAUCAACUCCCGGGUGCUGGUCGACCAGGCCUCGGGCCUGUCUCGGGGGGUGGCGUUCAUCCGGUUUGACAAGCGAGCGGAGGCCGAGGACGCCAUCAAAGACCUUAACGGACAGAAACCCCCCGGAUCUGCUGAGCCAAUCACAGUGAAGUUUGCUGCCAGUCCCAACCAGGCCAAGAACACUCAGCUCAUAUCGCAGCUCUACCACAACCAAGGACGCCGCUUUGGAGGGCCAGUUCACCACCAGGCUCAGAGAUUCAGGUUUUCUCCCAUGUCUGUGGACCAUAUGAGCGGUAUGUCUGGGGUGAGUGUGCCGGGGAACGCCACCGCUGGCUGGUGCAUCUUCAUCUACAACCUGGGCCAGGACGCCGACGAGGGCAUCCUGUGGCAGAUGUUCGGGCCCUUCGGCGCCGUCACCAACGUCAAGGUCAUCCGCGACUUCAACACCAACAAGUGUAAAGGCUUCGGCUUUGUUACCAUGACGAACUACGAGGAGGCCGCCAUGGCGAUCGGCAGCCUCAAUGGUUACCGCCUCGGGGACAAGAUCUUACAGGUGUCGUUCAAGACCAGCAAAGGCCACAAGUAGAGAGAAAUAGUGGGGGGGGAUAGUGGGAGGAGAGAAACCUCACGCCAGGCUUCUAAUAUGGAGGGUAAAUUGCCACAGUUUGACAAAACAAACUUGUUUUUAGCGUUCUCACUAAGCCCAUUCUCACUUUGCAUCUUUGUACUAGUCUAACAGAGAGUCUAGGCUGAGUUUGAUAUUUCUCUUGUUUUUUUUUUUUUACUCAUGAUUUGGGAUGUUCCAAACGCAGUUAUCAAUGUCCAUCCUGAUAUGGUGACCAAUUUCACAAUUCAAGACUAGAUUGUUUUUCCUGUGAGACUAAACUAGUGUCACUAUGUGCCAUAUGAAUGGUAGGACCACGGUAGGGACUUGGAGAAGGAUGUGCUACAGUCAUGCGUCUAGUCCCCCACUGUAGGAGGAAGCAUGCUGUCUUAGACGCUGUUUCCAGUGUAGAAAUAGAUGCCUUAAGUUACCACCCGCACACCCUGUCAAGCCAUCCACUGUCUCCAGCCAUUCUAAAAGAAAAGCCCCUUUUAAAUCCUUAUUGUAUAAUGUCAGCCGUUUUGACGUAAACCAUGCAUUGGUCUUCUCUCACCUUGCAGAAUCAGUUUUAUACACAGCAAGUUAGGUACUGAAUGGUACCAUUACAUAGCAGCGCGUGUGUCCCGUUUUUGGGGGUCUUUUAACAGUUGAAUCUCUGAGAGGCCAUGUAAAAAGGUCUGGAGAUUUUAAAGUAGGAAAGUGUUUAAGAAGGACCAAAGAAAUGGAAGGAUAUGCUCUAACUGCCCCAGGGCCCGUAUUCACAUGCUGAUCUAGGAUCAGUUUGGCCUUGUCGAUCCUAGAUCAGCAUUCAGUCCUCUGAGAAGCUUUUGUGAAUAGGGAAAGAUGCUUACUGUUAUGACUCAUUUCCCCUCACCAGUAAUAGUUUGGGCAUCUGAACAACCGGUACGAAGGCUGAAUCUAACACAAAGUGAACCAACACUGCUCUCUCUCUCAUCCAGUUUUCUGUUUUUGUAAAAAAAAAAAAAAAAAAAAAGUUUUUAUGUUUUUCUUGAAUUUUCUUUCUGAGAGACUAACUUUUCUUUUUUCGUCGAAGCGUAGAUUACUGAUCGGAGAGUUGCAAGAGUUUUUAUUUAAGUUUUUAUGCUCAUCUCGAGCUAAAGAAGAAUUUAUGGCCUUUGUGAUUUAUUUUUGUUGGUAUAGAUUUGUUUUGAUUGUUUUACUUUGCAUAUGCAAUCAUUAAAUUUUAGUUAGAUUUGACUCAACAUUUUUGUUUUGUUUUAUUUCUUCAGAUUUGGUUUGGGAUUUUUCAUUGGGUUUUCUGUUUAGAUUGUAGAGCUACAGACACCAGACUGCUAAUAUGAUGAUACUACAGUAUGACACUACUUACCGCACUCCCAUUGAGAUAUUACAGGAUGUUUGAAUGGUUAACAUAAGGUUUAGCUAGACUCCAAGAUGGUCUGAAGGCCAAGAGGAUGGAGUCUCCAGUAUAAAACACCUCAGACGUUGGCCUUAUUUUCAUUCAAACUUAUGUGUGAAACAUGAGGCAGAGGGCUUUCAGGGUUUCAAAGAUGGGAGUCCUUCUUCAUGUUAAUAGGAUCUAGGAGUUACUGAUCAAAUCAAAGUUUGUCACUUGUGCCGAAUACAACAGGUGUAGACCUUACAGUGAAAUGCUUACUUACAGGCUCUAACCAAUUGUGCGGGGGGAAAAAAGGUGCGUGUGUAGGUAAGUGAUGAAACCCAUAAGGAGUCUUCUAAUACAGGUACUGCAGGAGGCAGUUUGUCACUUAUGGACCUUCUUUGAUCUGCCUUGCAGCCAACAAACAGUCACUCUGAGAAACUGAGCCAUUUUUUUUAUUUUUAUAAAUGUGCAAUAGCCUAAAAGUGGGUAACCCCCCCCCCCCCCCCCCCCAAAAAAAACCCCGCUAAACCCAGGCAUGUUCAAGUGACGUUUUUCGACUUAAAAUAAGAGGACUCUGUAAUUGGGAAGAAGACUGGCGGUUGGGUUUGACAUUAAGAGAAUAUUCCUACAUCUGUUUUUAACAUAUCUUGGUUUUGUGCACUUUCCAUCACCAAGGCCUUUCCUAUGUAGGUUUGAGAAUGUCGUCUGUUGGAGAGAAAAUAACUGACUACAGCAGCACCAUAACACAGGAUCAGACAACUGGCUUUAGUUAGUUUCCUGCUGCAGCAGAUCUAGGAUCAGUUUACCCUUACACAGUCCUAACCUUCAACAUAAUGGGCGACAGUUGUUUUAGAAAGUUAGGGCCUUGUCUCCUGGACUUUCAAUAGAGAUUCUCCAUUGAGCAUGAUUUAAUGUCCAGAAGUAGGCUUCAUCUGGGUUCUGGGAACAGCCUAGAAACCAGACUGAAACGGUACUAGAGAGAGUGGUUAUUCUGAACUGGAAACGUGACCAGAGAGAGUGGUUAUUUUGAACUGGAAACGUUACCAGAGAGAGUGGUUAUUCUGAGCUGGAAACGUUACCAGAGAGAGUGGUUAUUCUGAACUGGAAACGUUACUAGAGAGAGUGGUUAUUCUGAACUGGAAACGUUACCAGAGAGAGUGGUUAUUCUGAACCGGAAACGUUACCAGAGAGAGUGGUUAUUCUGAACCGGAAACGUUACCAGAGAGAGUGGUUAUUCUGAGCUGGAAACGUUACCAGAGAGAGUGGUUAUUCUGAACUGGAAACGUUACUAGAGAGAGUGGUUAUUCUGAACUGGAAACGUUACCAGAGAGAGUGGUUAUUCUGAACCGGAAACGUUACCAGAGAGAGUGGUUAUUCUGAACCGGAAACGUUACCAGAGAGAGUGGUUAUUCUGAACUGGAAACGUUACUAGAGAGAGUGGUUAUUCUGAACUGGAAACGUUACCAGAGAGAGUGGUUAUUCUGAACCGGACACUGCACUAGAGAGAGUGGUUAUUCUGAACCGGACACUGCACUAGAGGGGGAGUGGUUCACUUGCUUAACUUUUUGUUCUCAUCCUUUUGAUAUUUUUCUAUUGAGUUCUACUAAUCAGCUCCAGCUUCUCAGAGUGCUACUAUGUUGAAAUGCUAGUGAGGUUACAGGAAUAACUGGAUUAUGAUUAACCUGUUUUUAGCCUUAAUUUAUGUGGGAGAGAUGGAAGAACGUGGCAACAGCAGAGGCACAAAGAUGUCAUUUAUUUGACUUUUGUAGUUUUACAUGUUUGUAAAUUCUUCGUGUUGGGAGUUUUUCUUUAUGACUUUUUGAAUGGAUUCAUUUUGAUUUCCUGUUUGGUUUUGAAGGAAGGCCUGUUCAGAACCUGUCUAACACACAAUUACAUUGAAUAAAAUAUCUGGAAGCUUUAUAAGGCUCAGCAGGA